AAUCUGGCAGCCCCGCUAUUGUAGUCCAAGGUGGAGCAGACCCUGGUUGCUUGCACUAGCUGGUAGUAACUAGCAGAGAAUUGCAGCAUGGGCCGACUUGUCGAUCCACCUUCCCUUCGGACAUUCCCAGUCUCCUCCAGACUUCCAUUCACUGUUCUGCUCGCUCCAGUUCUGUCCAGGCUGGUCCAGUCAAGACCAGCCCACCAUAUCCCUCAACCCUUACCGAUAACAGCGAACCCAAUACCGAGGCAGUCUCGAUUCCCAGGCCAGCCAUCGCAUCCUCUGGUUUACUUCCACUUCAAGCCUUCCACCAUGCAUCCCUCCACCGGAAUGUCGCCACCCAAGCGGACCACCCCGCUAGUGAGUCUCUCCGCACUCCCUCCAUCCCCGAGCCCAACUAACAGCAACUAGCACCAUCCAGGGUCACAUCACUACUGCAUCUGCACCCUAUCCUCCGUCGUGCCACUCCCUCCGCAUCCCACACCGUCCGCACCAG